ACGCAAGCGGCGUCACCGUCUCCAAGGAGUGGUUCGGGGCACCGGUUUCAAAGUCGCAGGGCGGGCCGAGUGGACUUCCGCUGCUGCCCUGGGGCUUCCCAGCCGUCUUGGCGUCUUCUUCUCCAACCCACGCCGCUCCGCGUAGAACGCCGCUCUCAGGCUGCCCUCCAGCUCCCGCGGCACUCUCCUAGGUGGCCCGACGAGACCCGGAGUGACCCGCGGGACGCCUGUAUCGACCACGUCCUCUUCCCACCAGGGUGGGAUUCGGUUGAACGUGGAACAGAAUUCGCUUGGCGCGUCCCCAGCAAUCUUCAGUAUCUCUCCAGGGCCUGGGACUCGUCUGGGGCGCGGGGGAAGGAAGCGUGGCGUGUAGAUGCCGCGUGAGUAGGAUGCAGAUUGCACCGCUGGAGCGCUUGACAAACCGAGCGUUGGCUUAGUUUUGUUUUCCCGCACAGCGAGCUCUGUGUCUUUCAGAGGAAGGUAUAGGUGGUGAAAACUCCAAACUAAAAUUGUAUCGAAAUGGCUACAGAAAUCGACUUUCUGAGAGAGCAAAAUCAAAGACUAAAUGAAGAUUUUAAGCGGUAUCAAAUGGAAAAUUUUUCCAAAUAUUCAUCUCUACAGAAAGCUGUCUGCCAAGGAGAAGGAGACGACACAUUUGAAAACCUAGUGUUUGACCAAAGCUUUUUAGCUUCUCUUAUAACUGAGUAUGAUAAACAUCUAGGAGAACUAAAUGGACAGCUGAAAUAUUAUCAGAAACAAGUGGGUGAGAUGAAACUACAGCUUGAAAAUGUCAUCAAGGAAAAUGAAAGGUUGCACAGUGAAUUAAAAGAUGCUGUUGAAAAACAAUGGGAGGCCUUUCCCCUUGGCACAGAGAUAGGAACUGAUACAUAUGCAGAUGAUGAAACAGUCAGAAACCUUCAAGAACAAUUGCAACUAGCCAAUGAAGAGAAAACUCAGGCUGUGGAACUCUGGCAGACUGUUUCUCAGGAGUUGGACAGACUACACAAGCUUUACCAGGAACAUAUGACUGAGGCCCAAAUUCAUGUAUUUGAAAGUCAAAAACAAAAGGAUCAGCUUUUCGAUUUUCAACAACUGACCCAGCAACUUCAUGUUACUAAUGAGAACAUGGAAGUGACUAACCAACAGUUUCUGAAAACAGUAACUGAACAAAGUGUGAUGAUCGAACAACUCCGAAAAAAACUUAGGCAAGCCAAAUUAGAGCUGAGAGUUGCUGUAGCAAAAGUGGAAGAGUUAACUAACGCGACUGAAGAUCUGCAGGGACAGAUGAGAAAGAAGGAGAAGGAUGUGGUGUCUGCCCAUGGAAGAGAGGAAGCAUCAGAUAGGCGCUUACAGCAGUUACAGUCCAGUAUAAAACAAUUAGAAAUAAGAUUAUGUGUGACAAUCCAAGAAGCCAACCAAUUAAGAACAGAAAAUACACAUCUGGAAAAACAGACCAGAGAGCUACAAGCAAAGUGCAAUGAAUUAGAAAAUGAGCUAUAUGAUGCCAUUGUAAGAGCCAGAAAUAGCAUACAACUCUUAGAAGAAGCUAACCUUCAAAAAAGUCAGGCUCUACUUGAGGAGAAGCAAAAAGAAGAAGACAUAAAGAAAAUGAAAGAGAGACUUUCUCAGUUUGUACAAGAUGCUACCAAAAGAACCAAGAAGGAAGUUGCAAACACAAAAAAACAAUGCAGUAUACAAAUUUCUCGAUUAAUAGAAGAACUUUCAGCCCUUCAAAUGAAGUGUGCUGAAAAACAAGGCCAACUUGAACGAGUCAUUAAGGAAAAAAAAGCAGUGGAAGAAGAACUAGAAAAGAUUUACCGUGAAGGCAGAGGAAAUGAAAGUGAUUACAGAAAACUGGAAGAAAUGCACCAAAGAUUCCUGGUUUCAGAGUGUUCAAAAGAUGAUCUUCAGCUAAGACUUACAAGAGCAGAAAAUAGAGUAAAACAACUUGAAAUUGACUCCUCAGAAGAAAUAUCACGUUACCAAGAAAUGAUUCAGAAAAUUCAAAAUGUAUUGGAGUCUGAGAGAGAAAACUGUGGGCUUGUCAGUGAACAAAGGCUAAAACUUCAGCAAGAAAAUAAACAGUUACGGAAAGAGACUGAGAGUUUAAGGAAGAUUGCCCUGGAGGCUCAAAAACAAGCCAAAUUAAAGAUCAGUACAAUGGAACAUGAAUUUUCAAUAAAGGAACGUGGGUUUGAAGUUCAACUGAGAGAGAUGGAAGACAGUAAUAGAAAUUCCAUUGUUGAACUGAGGCAUCUCCUAGAGACUCAACAGAAAGCAGCCAAUAGGUGGAAAGAAGAAACGAAGAAACUUACUGAAAGUGCAGAAAUUAGAAUCAAUAAUCUAAAGAGUGAGCUGAGUCGACAGAAACUUCAUACCCAAGAGCUGCUUUCUCAGCUGGAAAUGGCAAAUGAAAAGGUAGUUGAGAAUGAAAAACUAAUUCUAGAGCAUCAAGAAAAAGCCAACAGACUUCAAAGGCGUCUGAGUCAGGCAGAAGAGAGAGCUGCUUCAGCUUCCCAGCAGCUCAGUGUGAUUACAGUGCAGAGAAGAAAAGCAGCCUCCCUGAUGAAUCUGGAAAAUAUUUAAAAAUAUUCAUAGUUCAUUCACAGAACUUUAGAGUUGGGAAAGCAGUUGGACUAGAAGUGUAUUGAAAUGGUAAAGCCUGCAGAGUAUAAUAGUUAAGGCUUGUGUAAUUUUGCAUAAGCAUUGUUAUUCUGUUUUGAGGGUUAUUGGAAAACAGAGCAGUGACCACUUCCUGUAAGUAAAGAAAAUAUAAUCCUAUAUUGAGCUUCAGUGGAGAAUAAACCAGCUGAGAAGAACUCAUUGCCUUCAUCAACGUGUCUGUUUUUUAAUUCCUCCUUUUUCCCUUGAAAGCCUAUAAUAAUUUUCAAACUAUGCAAAUUUCUCUUUCAUAAGAAAGAGUUUUUAAGAAAAUUCUAGAAUUUAAUAUUUCAGUUUCCAAGAUUUGAAAAUUUUACAUCUAAUUGUUACUUCUAACUCAUUUUUAAAGUUCCUAAGUAUCCAUUUUAUUAUGAACUCAUAAAUGUAAUAAAUUGUGCACUUUCUAAAA